UUCAUAAAACAGGGCUAGGUUCCUAUAAAGGAGGCCAGUUUUGGAGCAGGCGCUGAGCAGUGAACAUCUACCUAACCGUCCAGCCUUCCGCAAACCAGUUUAAACCAAACAAGUCAUCUCUCCCCAAAACUCAGACCGCGCGCGUCCUCCUCAUUUUUAUUUCCUUUUUUUUUCCUUUCAUACCCAUUUUUGGGUGCCUUUCUUUGCUAUUUUUUGUUUUUUUCCAGAGAGGUGCAGAUUUCUAUCUCUACCGAGCCUUCUCAAAUGUAUAAAAUGGAGUAUUCUUACCUAAAUUCCUCUGCCUACGAGUCAUGUAUGGCUGGGAUGGACACGUCGAGCUUGGCAUCGGCCUAUGCGGACUUCAGUUCGUGCAGUCAAGCGAGCGGGUUUCAGUACAAUCCCAUCAGGACCACUUUCGGGGCCACCUCCGGGUGUCCGUCCCUCACGCCGGGGUCGUGCAGCCUGGGGACCCUGCGGGACCACCAGAGCAGCCCGUACGCCGCAGUUCCGUACAAACUGUUCACGGAUCACGGCGGACUGAACGAGAAGAGAAAGCAGAGGCGCAUCCGGACCACGUUCACCAGCGCGCAGCUGAAGGAGCUGGAGCGGGUUUUUGCGGAGACGCACUAUCCGGACAUCUACACCCGAGAGGAGCUGGCACUCAAGAUCGAUCUGACUGAAGCGAGAGUGCAGGUGUGGUUCCAAAAUCGGCGAGCCAAAUUCCGCAAGCAGGAGCGCGCAGCGGCAGCAGCCGCGGCGGCCGCCAAAUCCAGCUCCGGUAAGAAGGUUGACUCCAGAGACGAAGACAGCAAAGACACGAAAACUACCGACCCCGACAGCACGGGAGGACCGGGGCCGAAUCCGGUCCCCACCUCCAACUGCGGCGGCGGCGGCCCGAGCCCCGGCGGCGUCGGCCAGGCCAACAACCCCGGGACCGGAGCGGUGGAGCAGGUGAAGACCUCCGUGUCCGCCGGCAUGGGAGUGACGGCGCCGGGCCAAGGCUGGGCCAGCGCGCCGGGGACCAUCACCUCCAUCCCGGACUCGUUGGGCGGGCCCUUCGCCAGCGUACUGUCCUCUUUGCAAAGACAGAACGGAGCCAAAGCUACAUUAGUAAAGACCAGCAUGUUCUAAUGGCGCUCCGGAGAAAAGGGGAGACGAAAACAGAGCGCAGGGAAAAGAGAUGCGUGUCCUCCUUCCCCGCAGACUGAAAAAGCAAUCGCUCCAGACAGACUCGAGGACAAUAAAAAAAAGCUGUUAGAAAAACGAUGAAUACUGUUAUUUUAUUAUUUUUUUUCGCCUUGCGCCGUUUCUUGUGGUGAACAGUUUCCCUGUAAAGUUGACCACCUUAAGUCACAACAACGUUGUUUUAUUGAAACAAGUUGGGUGACAUGCUUUUCCUCUCGUUUCCAUCUCCGUCUUGUCUCAGAAAUGAAUAACAACAAAAAAAGCACCUAUGGGACUUACAUAAAUUGGAAACAAGACAUCUCCCUGCAAUCUUGAUUUUAGAAAAACGAAGUGAUCAAAUGUUGAGAACUUCUUCCUUUUUGCAAAAUUGCGAAAACAAAAACGUAUGCGUAAUUGAAAUUAUGAUUUCCUUUUUUUUCUUCAAAUAAUAAUAAUUAUUCCAUUUUUGUUACAGAUACACUCAAUAUCUGACCGAGGAUGCUCUCCCACAAGUAGCUACAUGAUCUGAAAUCACCAAUAUCCAACACCACGCUUUCGCAUUUGCUUUUUCUGACUUUAGACACAACCUGCUGUGUGGAAGUGGACUCUUGCAGCUACGUUUUUAUUCCUUGUUUUUUCCUCCAGGGCUACUGAGAGUUUAGUUUCUUUAAAUUAUCGAUGUAAAGACACUUAUUUCCUCGAGUUAAAAAAAUGGCACAAACUGAACUGUUCACCUCUGGCAGGAAAUCUGUAUGUUUUGUGUGUCUUUCUACGGCAGUGUUUUGUGGCUCAAAUUGUAUAGUGUUAAUACGUAUUAUUGUCUCCUAUAGUUGGACCAUAGGCCAUACUCCCUCGUAGAGCGAUCAUACAAGUCUUUUCGAUGUUUUAAUAAAUUCCCUUGUAAGAAUUUAUUUUGGGUAAAAAAAAAAAAGAAAAAAAACGGGAAUGGAUGCAAACAUUGUAUUUAUUUCUAUAUAAUUUGCAUGUCGUCUCUUUGUCUGAUUUUUCGAUGAGUUCUCUCCCAUUUUGUGAGCAUUAUGUAACAUGUUUUGUCCAUGAUCCAAAAGUUAUUUAUAUGUAGGUAAUGAAUGCUUAUAUUUAAGAAGGAAAUAUUUCUACAUGUGCACAUAGUUUUCCA